AUUAAUCCAAACCCUCCUUCCUAUCUUCCAUUAUAUACACUAUACUAUAGUACAUCAAAACAGUACAUCUACACUACCCUCCAAAUUUACAGGCAAAUUAAAGAGAAAGAAAGAAAGAAAGAAAAAUAGAGAGACAGAAACACGAUGGAAAGUGAUAGCACAAAUGAUCUAUACAAAGAAUGCCUAAGAAACCAUGCAGCCAGUCUUGGGAGCUAUGCCACAGAUGGAUGUGGUGAGUUCACCCUUGAUGACACCUCACUUUCCACCCUCCAAUGUGCAGCCUGUGGUUGCCACCGCAACUUCCACCGCAAAGUAUCGUACAGCAACAGAAGGGAUCACAUUAUGCACUCACCAUCCUCAGAGACAGUAGUGAUGGAAAUGAUGGACUAUGCAGAAGGGAAUAAUGAGAGGAAUUCCAGGCCUCCAGUGAUGGUGGUGGAGUCAGGUGAAAGGAGUGGAAAGAAGAGGUUUAGGACAAAGUUUACAGCUGAACAGAGGGAGAAGAUGAUGGAGUUUGCUGAGAAGUUGGGGUGGAAGUUGCAAAGGAAAGAUGAAGAAGAUGAAGUGGAGAGGUUUUGUGAAGGAAUUGGGGUUAGCAGACAGGUUUUUAAAGUUUGGAUGCAUAAUCAUAAGAAUUCUUCUUCUACUACUUCUGCUUCUCCUGGCAAUGCAUCUUCUCUUACCACCCAGUAAGAGAGGGGGGGAGAGGAGAAGGUUUUUUUUCUUGGGUCAUUUUCUUUUCCUAUCUUUAUUCAUGUUUGGUUGUAAGUUAUCCAUGCUUCAAUCUCCUCUAGAUAAAAGACCUUAUCUUA